CUCACCAUCUUCCCCAUUCCUUUUAGUCUAACAACGCAUUCUUUCUCUUAAAAUGUGAUUUUUAGACGCUGAUCAGUCGCAAAAGAUCGUCUUCUCCUGUUUCCUCCGUGUCCGCCACGAGGAGGGAUCACAAUAAGAGGAACAUGGAAGAAGAAGCGCAUGCGAUUCCUUAAUGUUGCAACGAAAUCCAUCGUCUGUUCUCGAAUCCACACAAUAUCAGCUCGGAAGAGAGGGCUUUCAUGCGCCUUUCCUCCUUUCCCCCGGUCGUUCCAAUGUUUCCGAGACCCUUCCUCGUAAGGUUUCUUGAUUUUGCCCGCCUGGUUAAUUGCGUUGGCGUUUUUGUUUGAUUCGUCUGGAUCUUGACGAUGGCGAUGUUUCGCAAGUUCUUUUACCGCAAGCCACCCGAUGGGCUUCUGGAGAUUUCCGAAAGAGUCUAUGUGUUCGAUUGCUGUUUCACGACUGAUAUCUUGGAAGAAAAAGAAUACAGGGUGUACAUGGGAGGCAUUGUGUCACAGCUCCACGAACAGUACCCUGAUGCCUCCUUCAUGGUGUUCAACUUCCGAGAGGGGGAGAGCCAAAGCCAGAUUUCUAGCGUCUUGUCAGAGUAUGACAUGCUUGUGAUGGACUACCCACGGCAGUAUGAAGGAUGCCCGCUGCUCACAAUGGAAAUGAUCCACCAUUUCUUGAGGUCAGGCGAGAGCUGGCUCUCGUUGGGUCAGCAGAACCUCUUGCUGAUGCACUGCGAUCGAGGAGGAUGGCCGGUCCUAGCUUUCAUGUUGGCGGCGCUUCUGGUAUACCACAAGCAGUACACAGGCGAGCAGAGGACACUGGACAUGAUCUACAAGCAGGCCCCCCGUGAGCUGUUGCAGCUGCUGUCGCCGCUGAAUCCGCUGCCUUCCCAACUGAGAUACCUGCAUUAUAUAUCAAGGAGAAAUGUGGCCAUGGAAUGGCCUCCGCUUGAUCGAGCUCUUACUUUGGACUGUAUAAUCCUUAGGUUCAUUCCUGACCUCAAUGGAACAGGUGGAUGCAGGCCAAUAUUUCGAAUUUAUGGCCAGGAUCCCUUCAUUGCUUCUGAUCAGACUCCGAAAGUUCUAUUCUCAACACCAAAGAAAAGCAAACUGGUUCGGUUUUUCAAACAGGAAGACUGUGAACUAGUCAAGAUCGACAUUCAUUGCCAUAUUCAAGGAGAUAUCGUACUUGAGUGCAUCAGCUUGGAUGAAGAUCUAAUCCGGGAAGUGAUGAUGUUCAGGGUCAUGUUCAAUACAGCCUUCAUCAGGUCUAACAUUUUGAUGCUAGAUCGUGAUGCCAUUGACAUCUUGUGGGACGCCAAAGAUCGGUUUCCUAAAGAUUUCAGGGUCGAGGUUCUUCUUUCAGAGAUGGAUGCGGCUGAUCCACUUAUAUCUUCAGAAUUGACGAGUGGUGAGGAAAAAGAUGGCCUUCCAAUUGAAGCAUUUGCCAAAGUGCAAGAACUGUUCAACAAUUGGGAUUGGCUGGAAACAAAUGUGGAUGCUGCCACGAAAGUUCUUCAGCAGAUAUCUUCGUCCAAGAACUUGCAAGAGAAGUUGGACGCAAUGUCUCCGCAAAAGUUCGACGCUGAUGUUAAGCUGAAAAGGACGAGCUAUGAUGUGCUUCGUGAGGAACUCCAGUUGGGAGAAACCGAUGAUGAUGGAAACAAGAAAUCGUUACUUUCUUCUCCCAAGGAGCAGUCUGCUCCACUUGAUGAGGGUUCUGAUUCGAUUACGGAAAGCCAAAAUGUCGAACUGGAUGGUCUGCAGAUGUCAGCACAAUGCCCUUCUCGGAUAGAACAAAUUCCAGCAUCUCCAUCGACUCCUGCCUUUUCUUCUGAUUCUCCGCAAGUGCCGGGCUCUGAUGCAACUGUUUCUAGAUAUCAUAGUUCACCUUCAUCUCUUGGAGUCAUAACUCCGCUUCAUGACCAUGUUGCAUUUGAUAGCUCUGCAGUAACUCAGACAACAAUGUUAGCUUCACCUCUUCCAACCAGUUCAGCUUCUGGAUCCAAUAUUUCUUCGGAAUUAUCACAAAGCCAGUCGUCAGAACAGCAAUUGACAUCUUCAGCAAGUCACAUAAAAGAUACUUCACAUGCAUCUCCUUCUCCUCCUCUGUCCCCUCUCCCUCCUGCUGCUGCUGCUGAAAGUGAUGCUGAAACAACUCUCAAACCAACAGCAGUAGCGGAAGUUCCAUCUUUGACAACUGAAAGCUCGAUUCCAGAAGUUCCCCCAUCACCUGCUCCAGAGCUUUCAACUCCAACACCACAUACUUUCGUGCCUCCCCUACCUUCUCAUCAUGGAACUUCUUCACAGGCUAAUGAUAAACCAACUUCACAUCCUCCUCCUCCUCCUCCUCCUCCUCCUCCUCCUCCUCCUCCCGUUGAAGGAACAUCAUCCGCCUCUGUCUCUGCUGGCUUGGAAAAACCUGCUUCUGCUCCAGUUGCACAUCAGGUAGUCUCAAGCAACAUGGCAGGCAAGUCAGUACCUAAACCCUUGAUGGCGUCCCCGUGUCCCCAAAGUAACUUAAUGCCUGUGAGAAAUGCAACUGAAGGAGCAGGUGUUCCUCCACCCCCACCCCCGCUGCCUGGUCCUGCAGCUGCAAGCUCAGCACCACCUCCACCUCCACCACCUAAUAUUUCAUCACAACAUUCUACCAAAUCAUCAUCUGCCCCACCUGUACCACCUCCUCCUGCACCUUCAAGUUCCUUGGGGAGCCUUACUGCUCCUAAAUCAUCUGGAGGUAAGAAAACCAACUCUGAGGUAAUACCUCCGCCACCCCCAAAUGGCAUGAAUGCUCCACCAGGUGGGAAAGGACGCAUCUUGGCGCCAACUUCAAAUUACAGGGGAAUGCAGACUGCACAAGCAUUAUCUAGAAAGGCUAAUUUGAAGCCAUUGCAUUGGAUCAAAGUAACAAGAGCAGUGCAAGGAAGCCUAUGGGCGGAGUCACAAAAUUGUGAUGAAUGCUUGAAGGCGCCAGAGUUCGACAUGUCUGAGCUUGAGAGUCUCUUUUCAGCUGCAGUUCCAAAUUCUGAACUUCGGCGUUUAGGUUCCAAAUCCAGUGGUUCCAUGGGUCCAAAAUCUGACAAAGUUCAUCUGAUUGAUCUUAGACGAGCUAAUAAUUGCGAAAUCAUGCUUACAAAGGUUAAGAUGCCACUAAAUGAUUUACUGAGUUCAGUUCUUACCCUUGACGAUUCCAUUUUAGAUGUUGAUCAGGUUGAUAACCUCAUUAAGUUUUGCCCAACAAAGGAGGAAAUGGAACUACUCAAGGGAUACAAUGGAGAUAAAGAAAACUUAGGGAAAUGUGAGCAGUAUUUCUUGGAGCUGAUGAAAGUACCACGGGUGGAAUCCAAGCUAAGAGUGUUCUCAUUUAAAAUCCAAUUCCAAUCACAGGUUGCUGACCUCAAAGCUAGCCUGAACAUUGUCAACUCUGCUGCAGAAGAGAUCAGAAGUUCUGUUAAAUUGAAAAGAAUUAUGAAGACCAUUCUUUCUUUGGGAAAUGCAUUAAACCAGGGAACUGCCAGGGGUUCUGCCGUUGGAUUUAGGUUGGAUAGCCUUCUCAAACUUACUGACACACGAGCACGCAACAACAGGAUGACUCUCAUGCAUUAUUUGUGCAAGGUUCUUGCAGACAAACUUCCUGAACUUCUUGAUUUUCCCAAGCAUCUUGUUAGCUUGGAACUUGCAGCUAAGAUGCAACUGAAAUUUCUGGCAGAAGAAAUGCAAGCAAUAAACAAAGGCCUUGAGAAGGUUGAACAGGAAUUGACAGCAUCAGAAAAUGAUGGUCCUGUAUCACAAAUUUUCUGUAAGACCCUGGAGGAGUUUCUUGGUGUUGCCGAAGCUGAAGUUCGAUCUCUAACUUCACUUUAUUCCAAUGUGGGUAGAAAUGCUGAUGCAUUAGCCCUUUAUUUCGGAGAAGAUCCGACACGGUGUCCAUUCGAACAAGUUGUCUCAACACUCCUCAACUUCGUCAAAAUGUUCGUGCGCGCCCACGAAGAGAACUGCAAACAACUGGAGAUGGAGAAGAAAAAGGCGCAGAAAGAAGCAGAAAAUGAAAAGUUGAAGAUCAACAGUUCAAAGAACGCGCCACAGAACAUACCAUCCACGACCGGUAGUGCCAACACCACAUAGACUGGCAAGAAUUCUUCUCUUUCACAUGCAAGGAUCGUUCUUGAUAUACAUUAGAAUACAACAAAGGGAAACAUCUCGGGUCGAUACGAAUAAUUCGAGAGCAAGAAGUUGUGAGAAGAAGCUAUCGUCGUUGCGAAAAUUGUAGAUUUGUUUACCACCUUUUAGCAUCAUUGUGCAUGUUCAUCUCUUCCAAACUAUGAUACAUUAAGUUCAUGUUCUGUAUCUUCUGGUGCAGCUUGGCUUGAAGAAAAAGAAGCAAUUUGGAAAUGUAUGUACAGAUGACCGAUCCAAAUAUAGGUUUUCGUUUGUUACCACCCGAUUCUUGUAUAGUGUUUCUCGUCCCUGUAAACGACGAUAUCAAAGAGAUAUUUAGCUUGAUGUAAUAGCUGCGAGGACACAGUCAAUUUAGCUUUUGUGAGCCAUUGCUCCGCGCAUUGUCUUGUAUCUCUCACUGCUUUAAAACUCUUCAA